CCCCGCCCUGUCCGCCCGCGCGCCGCGGCGUUGUAACGCCCGCGCCGCCUCCCCUGCCGCCGGCCUUCAUGUCCCCCGCGCCCGCCUGUGCCGCGCCGCGCUUGCCUGCGCCGCUGCGGCUGCCCGCGCCGUUGUUGCUGUUGCUGGCGCUGCCGCUGGCGGGCGGCGGGCCGCGCUACGAGCCCACCUGGCGGUCGCUGGACUCCCGGCCGCUGCCCGCCUGGUUUGAUGAGGCGAAGCUGGGCGUCUUCAUCCACUGGGGCGUGUUCUCGGUGCCCAGCUUCGGCAGCGAGUGGUUUUGGUGGUACUGGCAGAAGGAAAAGAGAGAGCCCUACGUGAAAUUUAUGGAGGCAAAUUAUCCACCUGGGUUUAGUUAUGAAGACUUUGGACCAUUGUUUACAGCAGAAUUCUUUGAUCCCAACCAGUGGGCAGAUAUUUUGAAGGCUUCAGGUGCAAGAUACGUUGUCAUAACUUCAAAACAUCAUGAAGGCUUUACUUUGUGGGGGUCCAAAUAUUCUUGGAACUGGAAUGCUGUUGAUGUGGGACCAAAACGAGACCUUGUGGAUGAACUAGCAACAUCUUUUAGAAACAGGACUGAUUUGCGUUUUGGGUUGUAUCACUCCCUAUUUGAAUGGUUCAAUCCUCUCUUUCUUGAGGAUGCCACCAAUGUAUUCAAGACAAGAAAGUUUCCAACCAGUAAAUCAUUACCAGAACUCUAUGAAAUUGUUACCAAGUACCAACCAGAAAUAAUUUGGUCUGAUGGAAAUGGAAAUGCACCAGAUACUUACUGGAACAGCACUGGUUUCUUAGCUUGGCUGUAUAAUGACAGUCCAGUUCAAGAUACAGUUGUGACAAAUGACCGCUGGGGAGUUGGUAGCAUCUGUAAACACGGAGGCUUCUACACUUGUAGUGACCGAUAUAACCCUGGACACCUUUUGCCUCACAAAUGGGAGAACUGUAUGACUAUUGACAAGCGGUCGUGGGGCUACAGGAGGGAUGCAAAGCUUGAUGAUUACUUCACAAUUGAGGACUUGGUCAAGCAACUUGUAGAAACAGUAUCUUGUGGGGGUAAUCUCUUGAUGAAUAUUGGGCCCACUCAUGAUGGUCGCAUUGCUGUUAUAUUUGAAGAACGCCUGAGGCAGAUGGGUACCUGGCUGAAAGUCAAUGGAGAAGCCAUCUAUGGAACUAAACCGUGGAGAGCACAGAAUGACACUGUCACACCAGAAGUGUGGUACACAUUCAGUCCUAAAGAAGGCAAAGUCUAUGCCAUUUUUCUUAACUGGCCGAUCUAUGGAACUCUGGCACUUGGUGAACCACAGGCUAAGGUUGGAGAAACACAGAUCCCUUAGUAAUGAUGGAAAGGCACCUCAGGCAAAUUCUAGCAAUGUCAUGGGUGAGAAGCAGCAUGCAAUACUCCCAACUCUCUACUUCAUCACAAUGAGGAGACAGUAUUUGUUCCUGGUGAGCAAGAAACAGAAUUCUUUCCAGCAUGAGAACUUCACAUAGGCAGGAAAAUCUACAGCUUUUUUUGGAAUUCACUAUGAAGCCAAAAGUAUUAUCACAUAAGAAUCACAGCAAAAGAAGACAGUUACCUAUUUACAGAGCCAUUCUGACAGAGGUCCUGUUCAGUAGGUCUAAAAAACUCGGCCAUAUUGUCCAGCAAUCGACUGAAUCCUCUGUUUAAACAUGUGCUUAAAACUGUACCAAAAUCUGGACUGAAAAAGUAAACAAAUGCUGGUUUUGAUUUUUAGGAUUUAUUUUUUCAAACUAAAAAACACUAUAAAAGUACUUAGUGCUACAGACAUCCUUCCCAUAAGUUAAAAUGUACAACACAGAUGAAAGGCCCUUAGUAUAGCCACCUCAAGAAAUACUGGCUCCCCAGAUAACUCUACCAAAUGAGUCAACCUAAGAUUAAUGCAGACCAGAUAAAUCAAAAGCAUUCAUCACUUCUCUUUCUUAUUAAGCACUAACAUAGAAGGGGCUUUUCUCACGCUUAAAAUCCUCCAGAUGCCUAGCAGCUGAAUUAUAACAAUAGUUUGGCAUUUAGCUUAGUUCACUUGUAUUCAUUGUUUAUUACAGAAGUCUCACUUGGUAGCUCUCUUGUAAAAGGAUGAAUACAGCCACUCAUAAAACCAUGCAUUAAAAAUAAAUCCUGAUAAAGGAAACUAAGCCAAAAUUGGUGUUUAUUUUAUCAAAGCAAGUAAACCCAAUGAAAUCAGUCUCAAUUUACUGUGGUAUAAGCAGAAGAGAGAUACUCCUCUGUUGCUGCGUAACUACAGAAAAUGUGAGGAAGGGUUAAGGGGAUCUGGCUGAGAAAGGUAUCCUGGUCAUCUUGUCAAGACAGGAUUAUUUCUUAUAAUUGAGUUGCUAUUACUUUGAUCAAAUAGAUGUUUAUAAAUGCAUGGAGAAACAUAGCUUUGUUAUAGAAGAAAAAAUGAUUACUCUAAAGAACAAAAAUCUAAAUAAGAUACUCAAAUCCCACAGUUUCAGAGCUCUCAAGUUUAAAAAUCCCAGCCUACAAUCACUGAAUUUAAAGUUUUAAUGCAAUGCAAUGGUUAAAUGGUCACAUUUUGGAAAUUAAAAUUUCACCAGCCUUUUAUAUGAAACCAGUUUUUUCAAUACAGGAUAUUUCUCUAUACCUUUCUAGCAUAUCUCUAGUUUCAUUAAGUAAUUUAAUUGUAGCAGUGUCUCUUUCUGUGAGUCCACAGGCCUAGAAAAAGCAAAGACAGAUACUGUUAAAUAAGAAAUCCAUUAGCAACCAUAAGAAUAAUAGCAGCAAUGGUAUAAUUAUGCACCCUGGAGUCAGGUCAAGAUACGUGUUGAGUCAAAGCAAUUUAAAAAAUGGAUUUUAUAUCAUGAUAAUUUUUUUUAUAAUUUGUACAUAUUCCUUUUGAUUGAUAAGUGUUUUAAUUAAAAAUAUUAGAAAGAAAUACCAGA